AGCGCAGCAGCUGCCCCGAGUCCUGUGCUUGGAAACAUUCCCCCGAACGACGGGAUGCCCGGGGGCCCCAUCCCACCCGGCUUCUUCCAGGGACCGCCUGGGUCACAGCCCUCGCCACACGCACAGCCUCCACCCCACAAUCCUAACAGCAUGAUGGGACCCCACAGUCAGCCGUUCAUGUCGCCGCGCUACGCCGGAGGUCCCCGGCCCCCCAUCAGGAUGGGCAACCAGCCCCCGGGUGCCGUUCCCGGUACACAGCCAUUGCUGCCCAAUUCCAUGGAUCCCACGCGACAGCAAGGGCACCCGAACAUGGGCGGCCCCAUGCAAAGGAUGAAUCCUCCGCGAGGGAUGGGCCCCAUGGGUCCCGGUCCACAGGUAAGCCCAGCACUGACCCCUUGGUUAUCGUUGCAGAACUACGGCAGCGGCAUGAGACCUCCACCCAACUCCCUAGGCCCCGGCAUGCCUGGAAUUAACAU